UUUCCGCUUCCGGGUAGCGCUUCCGUCCGGCGCGCUCUUGAAGCUAAGCGGUCGCCAUGGAGCUGUUGGGAGAGUACGUCGGGCAGGACGGGCAGCAGCGGCGGCUGCAGGUGUCCUGUGAGGCGCCGGGUGACGCCGACCGUUUCCGGGGCCUGUUGUCGGGAGUGGCCCAGAUGAGGGAGCUGGUAAGCGAACUCUUCGGCCCCCUGGUCCACCAGGAAGCGCAGCACCGGCUGGCGGCGGCUCCAGACGAGGCCUUGGACGGUGAUGAUGAAGAUGAUGCAGAAGAUGAAAAUAACAUUGAUAACAGACCUAACUCAGAUGGACCAUCUGCAAAACGGCCAAAACCACCAUCUUAACAAUAGCCUUAUGAAAUUUUAAAGACUGCUACUAUAUCCUAAUUAUCACACACUGACAGGAAGACUUGUGCUCUAAUUUGAGACAACUUUGUCAAAGAGAAAAUGGUUUCUUCUGUUUGUAGCAAAGAAAGAUAAUAAAUGUUUAGAAAUGAAAUUUGUUUUCUUGAAUGAGAAAUAAAUUUCAGGCCAUGGAAAUAAAAUAGAACAUUUCAUAAUGUAUAAUAUCCUCUAAGUUGGCAACUGAAUUUUUAUCAUUGUUUUUUAUAUUUAAAAUAACCAUUGAAUUGUGUGGUGCCUGCAUCUUUUAGCUUCUGCUUCUGUUAAAAGAGUACAUACUAUAUUUCAUAGGCAAUAACAUUUCAAAGAACUGACAUGAGCAAGGUGAAAUUGGGUAUUAAAUAUGAAAAUGUCAGUUCUUUGUAAGUAGAAGGAAAAUAAGGGAAUAAAAUUACAGAAAAGGAAGGAGAAUCCUUGAGAGAGACCCAAGAAAACCUUGAAUUCACACCCACACCCAAUUUACAGACAUCCAGAGAGGAUGCCCACUCAAGGAAUGUGCACUAAUUUUCUGAUUUAUCUUGUACCUUAAGAGAGCCAGAUGGGGUGUUUUUGUGCUGUGAUAUGUUAUGUAUACAAGUAAAAAUAUAAGACCUUAAGUAAAUAGUCCAUGUUGACUAUAACUUAGAUAUUUCCUUUUCUCCUGUAGCCAUACUUUGAUUUGCUUAACAAAGGACUUGAAUUCUUUUAAAAAUAUAUAUUCCUAAAAUAUA